AUGUCAAAAAAAGUCAAGGAAGAGCUGCUGGGCUCCCUCUACUGCGAGUUCAUCAACCGGGUAAACGAGGUGGGCGUGGACGUCAACCGGGCCAUCGCCCACCCCCACAGCCAGGCCCUCCUGCAGUUCGUCUGCGGCCUGGGACCCCGCAAGGGAGCCCACCUGCUGAAGAUCCUGAAGCAGAACAACACCCGGCUGGAGAACCGGACCCAGCUGGUCACCAUGUGCCACAUGGGGCCCAAAGUCUUCAUCAACUGCGCUGGCUUCAUCAAGAUCGACACGGCCUCCCUGGGAGACAGGAGGACUCCUGUGGUUGGCUCAUGCGACCCCCCCCCCUCCUCCUCUGUCCAGGUCUGGAACCAUUUUGACAGCGGCUCCUGCCCUGGCCAGGCCAUCGGGGUGAAAACCCGCCUGGACAACGGCGUCACCGGUUUUAUCCCCACCAAAUUCCUCAGCGACAAGGUGGUCAAACGGCCGGAAGAAAGAGUCAAGGUGGGGAUGACCGUCCACUGCAGGAUCAUGAAGAUCGACAUUGAGAAGUUCAGUGCCGACCUGACCUGCAGAACCUCCGACCUCAUGGACAGGAGCAACGAGUGGAAGCUGCCCAAGGACGCCCACUACGACUUUGCGGACGAGGCCGCCGACCACAAGCAGGAGGAGGAGCUGAAGAGGAAGCAGCAGCGGACAACGUACAUCAAGCGGGUGAUCGCGCACCCCUCCUUCCACAACAUCAACUUCAAGCAGGCCGAGAAGAUGAUGGAGACCAUGGACCAAGGGGACGUCAUCAUCCGGCCCAGCAGCAAAGGGGAGAAUCACCUGACCGUCACCUGGAAGGUGUGCGACAACAUCUACCAGCAUGUGGACGUGCGAGAGGAGGGCAAGGAGAACGCCUUCAGCCUGGGCUCCACCCUCUGGAUCAACACCGAGGAGUUUGAGGACCUAGAUGAGAUCGUGGCUCGCUACGUCCAGCCCAUGGCCUCCUUCGCCCGCGAUUUGCUGGGCCAUAAAUACUACCAAGAUUGCAACGGAGGAGACCGGAAGAAACUGGAGGAGCUGCUGGUUAAAACCAAGAAGGAGAAGCCCACCUUCAUCCCCUACUUCGUCUGCUCCUGCAAGGACCUUCCGGGCAAGUUCCUGCUGGGCUACCAGCCACGGGGCAAGCCGAGAAUCGAGUAUGUGACGGUGACGCCAGAGGGGUUCCGGUACCGCAACCACAUCUUCCCCACGGUCAACGGCCUUUUCCGGUGGUUCAAGGAUCACUACCAGGACCCUGUGCCAGGUAAGGCCCAGGUGCCCCCUCCCCACAUUCCCCAGGCAUCCUCCCUGCGGGGGCUGUUUCCUCUGUUGAGCAGCUGAAUCUGAGCCCCUUCC